AUGGUGUUUGGCUGUUGGUUUGUGGAGUGGAAGGUGCGGCAGCAGCGGCGUGUCGUUGCCGGCCGGGCUGUCCUGUGGCGGCAGCGCGGGAGAGCGCGGGAGCUGUCCGUGGUGCCGCGCUCGGGCCGCGCUCGCCGGCGGCCGUUGGAGCUGUGCGUGGUCCCGCGCUCGGGCCGCGCUCGCCAGCGGCCGUUGGCAGUUGCCACACCGACGGCGACUUGCGGCUGCUCGUCCGGAGGCCUCCUGCGCAUCCGAGUGGUGUCAGCAGCGGCGCUGGAAGAGAGAGCGAGACGUCCCUGCGCUGCCCCGCGGUGCCCUUCGAAGGGAUCCCAACAUGCUUUCGUGGCUGGCAGAAGUCUCCUCCGCUCUGAGGCGGGGGCUUUCCCAGUUCCCAGCUCCUGCCGGGAACUUGCACGUUCUCCUCUCAUCCUCCUUAUCCUUCCUCCUUCUGCAGGGUUUCAUGUCACAGCUGAAGAUGAAAGUGCUGCAGAAGAGCAAGCGGCGGAACGAAAACCAGACAUAGAUGGUGAAAUCGGCGUGUCCUGUGAGGUCAGUGAAGCUGGCAGCCCCCCAGAGCCAGUGCAGACCACUCAGCACAAGACAAAAUAUGCAAGCAAAGACUCCAACCCAAAAGAAGCCAAGGAGGAAUGCCACAGAAACAUCCUGGCGCUUGGGAAGCCGGUGCCAUUGCCCUCUCUCCCAAGCCUUCCCCAGUCGGUGCCUGGGAAGCAGAGCUAUGUGGCCCCCCUGAAGUCGCAGAGAGCUGUUGCAGGAUGUCAGAGGAAAAGACGAAGAGUGGGAACCUCCAGCCUGGUUCCCAAGAAAAAAAGCAAAGUGUUAAACCAGAGAAGAAUGAGUGAAAGGGAGAUGAGCUCAGCAGGCACAGGUCUCUCUCUUUUACGCGGCUCGGAGGUCAGUUUAAAGAACGGGGAGAGUGAGAUUCCAGUCCAGGGCGCUGGCCUGAACUCCGAGGUCUGGGUGGCCCUGCAGACAAGGAAGACUGCUGAAGAGAGGCCUACCCCGACAGAAACGGUCCUGAGCAGUGACAUCUCACGGGGUUACGAGGGGAUCCCGAUUCCCUGCGUCAAUGCUGUGGACAGUGAGCCGUGUCCCAGCGGCUUCCAAUACAUCGUGAGGAACUGCUUCACCUCCCAGGUGGCCAUUGAUAGAAACGUCACUCAUUUACAGCGCUGCUCGUGCGUCGACGACUGCUCCUCCAGGAACUGCGUCUGUGGGCAGCUCAGUGGGCGCUGCUGCUACGAUCAGGACGGCCGACUCCUGCCUGGGUUCAACAAGAGGACGCCCCAGUGUAUCUUUGAGUGCAAUCCCAUGUGCUCGUGCUGGCGGACGUGUAGGAACCGCGUGGUGCAGAACGGGCCCAGGGUUCGGCUACAGCUUUUCCGGACACGAGAGAUGGGCUGGGGCGUGCGAACGAUGGAGGACAUUCCAGCAGGAACCUUUGUGUGCGAGUACGUUGGUGAGGUGAUCUCCGAUGCCGAGGCAAAUCUUCGUGAAGACACCUAUCUGUUUGACCUGAACAACGAGGGCGCAGAUGUGUACUGCAUUGAUGGACGUUUCUAUGGGAACAUCAGCCGCUUCAUCAACCAUUACUGCGAGCCCAACGUCUUUGUAACGAGGGUCUUCACAUCCCAUCAGGACACGCGCUUCCCCAGGCUGGUCUUCUUCAGCAGAAGGGCCAUCAAAGCUGGAGAAGAGCUUGGCUUCGACUACCAGAGGAAGUUCUGGGACAUCAAGGGCAAAUACUUGAGCUGUAAAUGCGGCUCAGCCAAGUGCAAAUACAGUAGCUCUGCACUGGCCAAGCGGCAGGCGCGCGCCCGGUCCCAGAGGAGGAAGCCAAAGGAGGUGCCCGUCAGCAGCUGUGCGGCAAAGGCUCAACGCCGCAAACACUGA